AUGGAGAACAGCUCGACAGAAAAGAAGAAUGACGGCAGUACGCUCAUCAAAAGAACGUGGCGGACUGUAAAACGUGCAGCAGGGCGUCUCAUAAAGCGCAACAGUGCGGCUCCACCUCGUCCACAGCCCGACACGGAUUCAGCCCAUCCUCAGCCGGGUCCAUCUGUUCCUGAGCAAAAGGAAUCGCUGGAUCUGACUGAUCUUGAGCUGGAUCCGUCCUUCUUUGAGCCACCGGAUUUUCUGGAUCUGACUGAUCUUCUUCCGUCAUUUCCAGAAUCUCCAGGUGCUCCUUUGAAGGAAAGCGAAGACCCAACCUGGUUAAGAACCAUCUCUUGCCCGGGACCAUCUCCCCUUCCAUUGUCUGAACUUUAUGACGUGGAAGAGGAUAUUGGACGAGGAUACUUCGGCACUGUGUGCAAAGGGAUCCGGAAAUCUGAUGGCCAGCAGGUCGCCAUCAAAUUUAUCAAGAAGCUUACAACAGGCCGGUUUGCAGACAGGUUUAUCACAGUGCCUGGAGUUUCCGAGCCUCUGUUUGCGGAAGUGGCGUUAAACCUGCUGCUGAAUCGGCCUCCGUUAAGCCCCAACAUUUUGCACAUGCUGGACUGGUUUGAGGAGGAAGAUCGGUACAUCCUCAUCCUGGAGUAUUCAGAGCCCUGCAGAAACCUGUACGGAUUCGUCUUCCAGGAAAAGCUGAGCGAAUCACAGGCGCGUAGCUUGAUGUACCAAGCGGUGCUCGCGGCCAAGCACUGUCUUGACGGAGGUGUCUUCCACCGUGACAUCAAGCUCGACAACUACGUGAUCAAUACGGCGACGAACCGGGUCCAACUGAUAGACUUUGGCUGCGGUGAAGUCGCCAAAAGUGGCAUUAAGGGUCAAUUCAUUGGAUUUGCCUGCCCUCCUGAAUAUUUUGCGGACUUUGAAUAUGAGGCAGAGCCAACCACCGUCUGGUCUCUGGGGAUUAUGAUGUACAGAACGGUGUGCAGCUGUAACCCCCUGAGAAAGGAAGAUGGCCGCCUGAGUUUUGACUCCAGAGUCUCCGCAGAAUUUCAGGACUUGAUCACAUGGUGUCUGGCUCUUAACCCAGCGGAGAGAGCGACCAUGGAGGACAUCCUGCAGCACGAAUGGUUUCGGCCUGAACGCAUGGCCGGAGCCAUUUAG